AGAAAAAUUAUAUAACCGAAAAUUAAUUUAGAAAACAUCCACCAUGUCGGCCGUGAGUCUCCUGAAUCCCAAGGCCGAAAUUGCGCGGGCUGCCCAGGCCCUCGGGAUAAAUAUAGCUGGGGCAAUGGGUCUACAGACACUAAUGGCCUCCAAUCUGGGUCCAAAGGGCACCACCAAGAUGCUUGUCUCCCCAGCUGGCGACAUCAAGAUCACCAAGGAUGGCAAUGUGCUGCUCCACGAGAUGAACAUCCGCCAUCCCACGGCGAACAUGAUUGCCAGAGCGAGCACUGCCCAAGAUGAUUCCCUGGGAGAUGGCACUACGACCACGGUGCUCCUGAUUGGUGAGCUCCUGAAGCAGGCCGAGUUGCUCAUCGCAGAGGGACUGCAUCCUCGUAUCUUAGUGGAGGGUAUCAUGCUGGCCAAGGAACGGUCCUUGGAGGUACUCCAAUCGCUCAGGAUUCCUACUGGAUUGGAAAGGGAAGACCUGAUUCCGGUGGCCAGAACCAGUUUGAGGAGCAAAUUGGAUCCUGGCCUGGCUGACAUGCUCACGGAUAUAUGCGUAAAUGCCAUCCUGGCUAUUCGAGGUGAUGGAAGUAACAUCCUGGAUCUCAACAUGAUCGAGUUAAUGGAAAUGUUGCAGCACACGGCCUUAGAAACCCAGCUCAUUAAGGGACUAGUUCUGGAUCACGGUGGACGCCAUAUGAAUAUGCCAAAAAGCCUUCAGGAUGCCUACAUCCUGAUAUGCAAUGUGUCUCUGGAACUAGAGAAAACUUCGGUGACCUCGGGGUUUUGCUAUAAAAGCGCCGAGGAGCUGGAGAAAUGCGUCACCGAAGAACACCGCUUCAUCGAUCUGCGUCUGGCCAAGAUUAUAGAACUGAAGAAUCGAGUUUGUAAGGACAGCCAAAAGGGAUUCGUGGUCAUCAACCAAAAGGGAAUCGAUGUGCCUUCUCUAGAAGCUUUGGCUAAGGAGGGGAUCCUUGGCUUGAGGCGGGCCAAAAGCAGGAACAUGGAGCGUUUGGUCAGAGCUUGUGGCGGAGAGGCAUUGAAUUCUCUAGAGGAUUUGCAGGAGGGGCACCUGGGAUUCGCCGCCUCGGUUCGUGAGGAGCAGCUUGGCGAGACGAAGUACACCUUUGUGGAGCACUGCCGGAAUCCCACGUCCGUUACGAUCUUGAUUCGCGGACAAGCUCGUCAUCAGAUCUCCGCCAUCAAAGAACUCUCCCACCAGGAACUCUUGGAGUUCAAGAACUCUGUCAAGGGAAAAGCCCAGUUGGGAGUUCAACUUUUUGCCGAGGCCUUGUUGGUAAUACCCAAAACCCUGGCCACAAACAGUGGAUUUGAUGUCCAGGACACCAUUGUCAAGCUAAUAGAAGCCCAGCGGGAGGCGAAGGAAUCUCCCGUAGGACUUGACCUGGCUACUGGAGAGCCCAUGGAUCCCACAUCCAGUGGCAUUGUGGACAACUUCUGCGUCCUGAUGCAGAUCCUGGAAUCCUGCUCCAUUAUUGCAGGCAAUCUUUUGCUCACCGAUGAAAUAAUGCAAGCCGGAAUGACCUCUCUGAAGGGUUAAAUGCAGAGAAUACCUCAAUAAAAGCUUACACCUUUAAUCCC